AUGAACGGCACAAAGGUUGGCCCCUCCGUGGCCGAUAUGGCCAUUAUGUCGACCGAAGAGAGAAUGGCAGGCAUGGAACACUCAGAAGUCCGCUACUUUACGAGUUACGAUCACCAUGGAAUCCACGAAGAGAUGCUGAAAGAUGAAGUCCGAACUCGGUCGUACCGAGAUGCCAUCUACCAAAACCAGCACAUCUUCAAAGACAAGGUCGUCCUCGAUGUCGGCUGUGGCACAGGCAUCCUCAGCAUGUUUGCCGCAAGGGCGGGGGCGAGACACGUAAUUGGCGUCGACAUGUCCAGCAUUAUCAACAAGGCAAAACUCAUUGUGGAGGCCAACGGGUUGUCGAAAAAGAUCACGUUGCUGCAAGGCAAAAUGGAAGAGGUGGAACUACCUGCUCAACAUCUUAACAAUGGCAAAGUCGACAUCAUAAUAUCCGAGUGGAUGGGCUACUUUCUGCUGUACGAGAGCAUGCUCGACACGGUUCUCUAUGCCCGCGAUAAGUAUUUAGGACAAGGCGGCAAAAUCUUCCCGGACAGGGCCACGAUCUACAUGGCGGGCAUCGAAGACGGAGAGUACAAAGAGGACAAGAUCGGAUUCUGGGAUAAUGUCUAUGGGUUUGAUUUCACGCCCAUGAAAGAGAGCGCUCUUAGUGAGCCUCUGGUCGACACGGUAGAGCUCAAAGCGCUGGUCACCGAUCCAUGCCCGGUCUUCACCAUUGAUCUCAACACGGUCAAACCUGCCCAGCUGGCGUUCUCAGAGCCGUUCCAGCUCCGGUGUCAAAGAAACGACUUCAUCCACGCUCUCAUUGCCUGGUUCGAUAUUGAUUUCACGGCAUGUCACAAGCCGAUCAGGUUCUCGACCGGGCCGCACACCAAAUACACGCACUGGAAACAGACCGUCUUCUAUCUGCGACAGAUCCUGACGGUCGAGGAGGGAGAAACCGUCCAGGGCUUCCUCUCCAAUAAACCCAACAGCAAGAACAGACGAGAUCUCGACAUCAAGAUCGACUAUGAACUCGAAACAGCGGAUCCCACUCGAUCCGCACGCGGGACGUGCGAGUACCGGAUGUGCUGA